ACUUCAUUUCCUUGUGCCUGGCCAUGGCCGACGUUUGUAUUCCAACCUCUGAGUGCCUCAGGCAGCAAAGCUCCAGCUGCGCAACUUCGAAGCUUCCAUUCACAUGCGAGCUUCUCGCAUACCCUUUGAUCGCUUCCCGAAACACCACCUCGCUGUCGACGGCAUCGCGGCGCUAACAAUCCGCAAUGGCGGAAACAGAGCUCGCCUCCGCAGUCUUAGUCCCAGAAAUCGAAGACGACGAAAUAUCCCCCGCGAAUCCUCUUAAGCGCUCGCACGCGAUUGACGACGGAGAGACGCAAGAAGAGCAAGGAAGCAAGCGGCCGCGCAAGACCUCCGGUAAGAGUAUUUCACCAAACGAAACAGGAAAUGGCGAGGACAACGAAGCAGAAGCUACCGACGGCCCCAACUCAACAUCAAAUGCGCCACAAGAACAACCCACACCACCACACGACACCACCCGCCGCAAACCGGCCGUAGUAGAGGAAAAACAACGCAGCAAGCGCCUCUUCGGCGCCCUACUCGGCAACCUCAACCGCCCCGCCGCCGACGCGCGGGCGUCGAAGAAGCGCGCGGAAAUCGAGACGAGGAGAAAGGCUGAAUUGCAGCGACAGGAUGACGAACGCGUUGAACAUGGGCUGCGGAGGCGCGAGACGCUGGCUGCGGUGAGGAGGAGGGAGCAGGGGGCUGUGGAUGAGGAGAAUAUGCGCAUUCGACAUGAGGGAUUGCUUCAUGCGGCGAAUUUCUUGAGGACGGCGGCUGAGCCGCGGUUGUAUUAUCGACCCUGGGAUUUGCUCUCCGAUGAAGAAGACCGGAUCGAGCAGCAACGGAAGGAUGCUCAAGCACAAGUAGAUCGAGAAGUGGAGGAGUUCAAUAGCUCGAGGGAGCGAGCGUCGACCUCGGCUCAAGAUGGAGAUACAGAACAGCGUGAGUUACCUGCGUAUGCCAAUGGAGACGGGGACAUGGCUGGUACGGCCAAAAAAACGGGCGAGGCCAAUGACACUUCCCCGGCAGAAGCACAUGGUUCUGAUUCUAAUGUUGUCGCUCCUGACGCGGACGCUGGCGAUGGGCAUCCAUCACAUGAUUCUGCACGGAAAGAAGCAGACGAUCGGCAGGAUGAGCUUGGCGAUGAGGAGGGAGAUGGUGUAGCUGAUGGGGAGGAAGACGCUGUAAUCUACUGAAUAGUGUGCCCUUGACCAGGCGCGGUGAUACGAAUCCAUGUCGAAUGAAGCGGG